CCGAUCAACGGAAAGAGCCAAAGAUGUCAGCUCAGUAAUGUGAUCAGCUGUGUCCAAUCACAGCUGAUCACAUGUACACUGAUCAUCAGGGCACUAAUGAUCAGUGUGUCUGAUGAUCAGUGUAGCCCCAGCAGAGCCACCUGUCAGUGCCCGUCAAUGCCAGCUGUCAGUGCACAUCAGUGCCUCAUCAAUGCCACAUAUCAGUGCCUACCAGUGCACAUCAAUGCCACAUAUCAGUGCCCAUCUGAGCUGCCUUUCAGUGCCACCUAUCAAUGCCGCCAGUCAGUGCCACCUAUCAGUGCAUCAGUGCCACCUAUCAGUCAUGUGCUGCCAUCAGUGAUGCCUGUCAAUGUCCAUCAGUGC